AUGAGUGACCGACCUUUCAACUCUCGCGAUACCACCCCUCGACUCAGUAUGGAUCGAAAUACCCCUAUAGAUCGGGUUGCUGAGCCAGAUACCGAUGAUGUUGAGAAGCUCGAACCUGAACCCAAGCCCGAAGCAGAAGGAAAAGACCCUAAUCUUGUCGAAUGGGACGGCCCUGACGACCCAGAGAAUCCGCAGAACUUCUCCAGUCUACGAAAAUGGGUCAUCACAUUGACGAUGUCCUCCAUGACCAUGUGGAUUACCUUCGCAUCCAGUGUCUUUUCAACAGCCACCCAAGUCACCGCAAAGGAAUUCAACGUCUCGACCGAGGUGAUGGUUCUGGGUACCAGUCUAUGUGUCUUUGGGUUUGCUCUCGGUCCCUUAUGCUGGGCUCCUCUUAGUGAACUAUACGGUCGUCGCAUCCCGCUCUUCUCAGGCUAUGCCAUCUUCGCCAUCUUCCAGAUCCCAGUGGCAGUAGCUCAGAAUCUCGAGACCGUGCUGGUCUGCCGAUUCCUAAUGGGAGUCUUCGGUUGUUCCCCUCUGGCAGUUGUUGGCGGUGCCAUGGCCGAUAUCUGGAAUCCCACAGACCGUGCUGUAGCAGUUGCUCUGUUCAGCUCGGCUACUUUCCUAGGUCCCGUCAUGGGCCCUAUCAUCGGUGGCUUCCUCACAGACUCCCACCUCGGAUGGCGCUGGACAGCAUGGAUAACCCUCAUCACAUCCGCAUUCUUCGGACUGGUCGCUUUAUGCGUCGUUCCAGAGACAUAUGCUCCAGUCCUCCUCCAAAACCGAGCAGCACGGCUACGCGUCGAAACCAAGAACUGGGCCUACCACUCCUUCCUCGACGAACACAAGCCCACAAUGUCAGACAUCGUGACGAAGUACCUAUUCCGCCCUUUCCAAAUGCUUAUCCAAGAGCCAAUCCUCGUCGCUAUGACCAUCUAUCUUGCCCUCGUCUACGGCAUUCUAUAUCUCUUCUUCGAAGCCUAUCCAAUCUCCUUCAACGAGGUUCGCGGCUGGACAAAUCUAGGCGUCGCAGCCCUUCCAUUCCUAGGCAUCUUAAUCGGAGUGAUACUCGGCGCCUGUCUAAUCAUCUACACCACAAAAACCCGAUUCGCGCGCAAGCUCAAGAAACACGGCAGAGUGGUACCUGAAGAGCGUCUCGUGCCUAUGAUGGUUGCCUCUGCCCUACUUCCCAUCGGCCUCUUCUGGUUCGGCUGGACUUCCAGUCCUAAUAUUUCAUGGGUGCCGCAGACUAUCGCGGGUAUUCCCAUCGGUCUUGGAAUCCUUGUUAUUUUCAUGCAGGGAUUGAACUAUAUCAUCGAUGUCUAUAUGAUGUUUGCCAACUCGGCUAUUGCGGCGAACACCCUGGUUCGAUCUACGGUUGGUGGCGCAUUCCCACUUUUCGCUACGCAGAUGUACAAGAAUUUGGGCGUGGCCUGGGCUUCGAGUGUUCUGGGUUUCAUCACUGUGGCUAUGAUUCCCAUUCCCAUCUUGUUUUUCAUCUAUGGUGCGAAGAUUCGCGCGAUGAGCAAGUUUAGUCCCAAGUUCUAG